AGAGGUGCAACGCGAAGCAGAAACAGAUCAGACAGCAGGUCGGUCGGCGAGCUGAGAGACAGACCGCACUAAGUACUGGCAUAACGGAGGACCUGAACCUUUGGUGUCUGUGGCGGUGGUUUAUUUUCUUGUGGACUAACCUUACGGGACGUUUUGUCUAGCUGUACAGACACGCGGAGAGGGUCUUAAAGACUGUCCACAAUGUCGGGGAGCAGGGAGGAGGAGAGGAGGAAACUGGCCGACAUCAUCAACCACUGGAACGCCAACCGGCUCGACCUGUUCGAGAUCAGCCGGCCCACUGAGGACCUGGAGUUCCAUGGUGUGAUGCGGUUCUACUUCCAGGACCGGGUCGCCGGUAACUUUGCCACAAAAUGCAUCAGAGUCUCCAGCACAGCAACUACGCAGGACGUCAUUGAGACGUUAGCUGAGAAGUUCAGACCGGACAUGAGGAUGCUCUCCUCCCCGAAAUACUCCCUCUACGAGGUCCACGUCAGUGGCGAAGAGCGUCAGCUGGAUCUGGACGAGAAGCCUCUUGUUGUUCAGCUGAACUGGAACAAAGACGACAGGGAGGGUCGCUUCGUCCUGAAGAAUGAGAACGACAUCCUGCCCAAGAAGAGUCAGAGUAAUGGGCCGGAGAAGGAGAAGGACGGAGUGAUACAGAACUUCAAGAGGACCUUGUCUAAAAAAGAGAAGAAAAAGGAGAAGAAGAGGGAAAAAGAGUUCACUCGGAUUCCCGAUGGAGAUGAGCAGGCACUCAGCCGCGAGGACGGUGAAAACAGUCGUCUGGCGGCCGAGGUUUACAAGGACAUGCCAGAGACCAGCUUUACCAGGACAAUCUCAAACCCAGAGGUGGUAAUGAAGAGGAGACGCCAGCAGAAACUGGAGAAACGCAUGCAGGAGUUCAUGAGCAGCGAUGGAAGGCCAGACUCCGGAGGGACUUUGAGGAUAUACGCUGACAGUCUGAAGCCUAACAUCCCGUAUAAGACCAUCCUGCUCUCCACAAGAGACACAGCCGACUUUGCUGUGGUGGAGGCGCUGGAGAAGUAUGGACUAGAGAAGGAGAACCCCAGAGAGUACUGCAUCGCACGGCAAGAUGAUAAGUCGGGCAAGGAAGUGAUUCUGGAUGAUACAGAGUGUCCGCUACAGAUCUUCAGAGACUGGCCUGCUGACAGAGGAGCGUUGGUGUUCCAGCUGAAGAAGAGACCACCUGACUACCAGGGGAGGAAGGGAAGGAAGGUGGACGACAAGGGCCUCAGAGGGAGGGAUAGUUUGCUGCCGCCCGAGAAACUGCCUUAUUUGGUGGAGCUCAGUCCAGGCCGAGGGAAUCACUAUGCCUACUACGCCUAUCGGCACCAAGAAGAUGGGUCCGACUCGCGGGACAAACCAAAGCUCUACCGGCUUCAACACAGCAUCACUGAGGUCGGCUCAGACUGCACUGAUGAUGGAGCCAUCCAGCUGCUUGGUCCGGGGAUCCUGCCCCACCACUGCAACCUCAUGCACAGCGAAGGCAUGGUGACGGUGACGCCGCACGGCCCAGAUGCAGACACCUUUGUUGAUGGGCAGCGCGUUACCGAGACAACGGUGUUGCGCUCCGGCUCCACUUUGCAAUUCGGUUCCGUUCACGUUUUUAAGUUUGUGGACCCGAUGUUUGACCAGGGAGGGAAGAGGGAACCGUCCAUGAUGAGGAGCCGACACAAGUCUGGCAGCGUACCAGAAACAACCUUCGACCUUCACGGAGACAUCCACAGCGGAACAGCGUUGCCUACCAGCAAGAGUUCAGGAAAGCUGGAGAUGGAGAGAGGCAUGGUCAAACCCAUGAUCAGAGGAGAGCAGCAGGACAGCAGGUCUCAGGACAUUUCAGCAGAGAGGACAGAGCUGACUCUUCCAGCCAGCAUCGAGUUCAGAGAAAACUCUGAAGACACCUUCCUCUCCGCCAUCAUCAACUACACCAACAGCUCCACAGUCCACUUCAAACUCUCACCCACCUACGUGCUGUACAUGGCCUGCCGCUACGUCAUGUCGCAAGCUUACCGGCCCGACAUUUCACCUUCAGAGAGGACACACAAAGUCAUCGCCAUCGUCAACAAGAUGGUGAGCAUGAUGGAAGGAGUCAUCCAGGAGAUUCAUGAAGGGGAUCAGAAGCAGAAGAACAUUGCAGGAGCUCUGGCUUUCUGGAUGGCCAACGCCUCCGAGCUGCUCAACUUCAUCAAGCAGGACCGAGACUUGAGUCGCAUCACACUGGACGCCCAGGACAUCCUUGCCCACCUGGUCCAGAUGGCCUUCAAGUACCUGGUCCACUGUCUACAGGCUGAUCUGAACAAUUACAUGCCUGCCUUCCUGGAUGAUCCCGAGGAGCAUAAUCCUCAGAGACCCAAGAUAGAGGACGUGUUGCACACGCUGACGGGCGCCAUGUCGUUACUGCGUCGGUGUCGAGUCAACGCCGCCCUCACCAUCCAGCUCUUCUCUCAGCUCUUCCACUUCAUCAACAUGUGGCUGUUUAACAAGCUGGUGACGGACACAGAGUCGGGGCUGUGCUGCCACUACUGGGGGGCCAUCCUCCGGCAGCAGCUCAGCCACAUCGAGGCCUGGGCGGAGAAGCAAGGCCUGGAGCUCGCCGCCGACUGCCACCUCAGUCGAAUAGUGCAGGCCACCACCCUGCUGACGAUGGACAAAUACUCCAUGCAGGAUGUGCAGAACAUCCACAACACCUGCUUCAAGCUCAACUCCCUGCAGCUCCACGCCCUCAUGUCCAACUAUCACUGUGCACCAGAUGAGCCCUACAUCCCUCCUGAGCUGAUAGACCACGUGGUUGCGGUGGCAGAAAACACAGCAGAUGAGCUGGCAAGGAGUGAUGGCAGGGAGGUACAGCUGGAGGAGGAUCCAGACCUUCAGCUGCCCUUCCUUCUUCCUGAAGACGGCUAUUCAUGCGACGUGGUGCGCAACCUCCCCAACGGCCUGCAGGACUUCCUGGAGCCACUCCUGCAGAGAGGUUUUUGUAGGCUAGUGCCACACCCACGCUCACCUGGUACUUGGACUGUCCACUUUGAAGGAGCUGACUGCGACACCCACUUCUCUGCUACCGACACCUCUGAAGUGCCAAUGAGGAAAGAGCCAGAGGUUGUCACGGUAACCCUGAAGAAGCACAACGGCAUGGGCCUCAGCAUCGUGGCUGCCAAGGGUGCUGGUCAGGAGAAACUGGGCAUCUACAUCAAGUCUGUUGUCAAAGGUGGAGCAGCUGAUAACGACGGCCGUCUGGCAGCAGGCGACCAGCUGCUGAGUGUCGAUGGACGCAGCCUGGUCGGCCUGUCACAAGAGAGAGCGGCAGAGCUGAUGACGAGGACGGGCUCAGUUGUGACUUUGGAGGUGGCCAAGCAGGGAGCCAUUUACCACGGACUGGCUACUCUCCUAAACCAGCCGAGCCCCAUGAUGCCCAGAGCAUCGGACAGAGGCCGAGAGAAGAACGGGAAAAUGCGCCCAAAAAGCGAAGGUUUCGAGUUGUACAACAACUCUGUGCAGAACGGCUCCCCGGAGAGCCCUCAGCCUGGCUGGGACUCCUACGCCGAACCAAAGAAGAUGAGCAGCGAAGACCGGCUUCUGAAGAACCGGGCUGACCACCGUUCCAGUCCCAACGUAGCCAAUCAGAGUCCUGCAAGUAAAUCCGUGUACCCUGGAGGACCUGGCACCAAGAUCACCUCCGUCUCAACCGGCAACCUGUGUGCAGACGAUGAGCCCUCCCCUCCUCAUCCAGAGGCCUAUCCCAUCCCCACCCAGACCUACCCCAGAGAGUAUUUCACCAUCCCAGCCUCCAAGAGUCAGGAUCGGGUUGUGGGUCCAGGACAGGGGCCAUCACAGCACUGGCAAGGCAUGGAAGACCGAGAACGUCUUCCUGUGGUUGAAAAUAUCCAUAAUAGCAUGCAGAGGAUUAACCAUUCCCAGGAGGAGCUUUACCCGCCUCCAGCAGGCCUAAGGCCAGAUGAACGCAUGCAGCCACAUUACCUACAGGACUACCAACACCGGGACUUGGACUACCAACACAGAGAUCUGGACUACCAGAGAGGUCCACCAGGAGGUGUUGGAGGGCCUGAUCACUGGGCCCCACAGCAACAGGUGUCCUCCUCACUGGAGUCGUCUACAUCAAGCCAGGAGCACCUUAACUUCUCAGCCUCCUCAUCUUCUUCAAACAAGACCCAGAACCAGAAGACUGGACCGGGUCGGUGGAAGACUCCCAACACACCUCACGCUGUCCCGCCACAUUCGGCACAGCCGCCAUCCCGCUCCGACCUGCCCCCUCCUCCCCCGCCGCCUCCUGCUCCUUACCCCGACCCCUACGACUCCUACGACCCCUACGAUGCCCAGCCCGACAUGCCGCUACCGCCACCUCCUGCUGUCAUCACCUCGGUCACUGCCCAGCAGGCUGCUGAUCGCAAGAAGCGAGAGGAGCAGCAGCGGUGGUAUGAGAAGGAGAAAGCUCGACUGGAGGAAGAAAGGGAGAGGAAGAGAAGGGAGCAGGAACGGAAGUUGGGACAGAUCAGGGCCAACCCUGUCAUGCCCGUCCAACCCCACAAUGGAGGAGCUAUGCCUCCUCCUCAUCUCCAGCCCCCUCUUGCUUCUGUGGCUCCACCCCAGCCCUACCUCCCCCCACAACCUCAGCCACAGCCUCCCCCAGCCAGACUAGAGAAACUGGCUAGCCUGCCGCGGUCAGCAGUACUGCCCCCUGCUAGUGCCUCCAACCUUCCAGGCAUGGACACGGUGAUCAGAGAGCUGCUUCCACAGCAGCAGCCGCGCACCAUCGAAAGGCGAGACCUGCAGUACAUCACGAUCAGUAAUGACCAGCUAACGACCAGCGACAGUUUGUCUCCAGACCCCUGGAAGAGAGACGCCCGAGAGAAGGCAGAGAAGCAGCAGCAGCUUCACAUCGUUGAUCUGCUGGACAGGGAGAUCCAGGAGCUCCAGGCAAAGCCAGAGCGGACCGCGGAGGAAAGCGACCGCCUCAGGAAGCUGAUGCUGGAGUGGCAGUUCCAGAAACGACUGCAGGAGUCCAAACAGAGCGACGAAGACGACGAUGAUGAGGAUGACGAGGACGUGGACACCAUGAUGAUCAUGCAGAGACUGGAAGCAGAGAAGAGAGCCAGGCAACAGACUGCUGUCCCAGCUAUCUCUGUGCUAGACUUGUUGCAGGACGAAGAGCGACGGCGUAAGCAGCAGCUGGAGGAAAUUCGGAAACGGGAGGCGGAGGAGAGGGCGAAGCAGGAGGAGGAGAGGAGGUGGAGGGAGGAGGAGAGAGCAAAACGAGAGGCCGAGGAGAAGAGGAGACAGGAGGAGGAGUACUACACUCGCCUGGAGGCCGAGCGGCGGCGGCAGCAUGAGGAGGCGGAGAGAAAGCUGCUGACGCCUGACGAGCCGGCCGGUCUGUAUCGGCCCCCGCUGCCCCGGGAUUACCAACCCCCCGCCCCCCACAACCCUACUAACACCCCCCCACCCCCCCCACAGAGAAACACUUCCUACCUCAAAACCCAGGUCGUCUCCCCUGACACGCUCUACACCGCCAAGUUUGUCUCCUACGCGGGCGAUGAGGAAGACGAGGAGGAAGGCAAGGAAGCCAGCAAAGUGGGGAGUGGUGGCGGCGGCCAGUCAGGUCAGGUGAAGCAAUCGGCGACCCGGAAGUCGUACGGCGACCUCCCGGCCUCCGUUUCACCCAAUCACAACAAGCCUCAGCCGCCGCCCACUACACGCAAGCCCCGCCCUCUUUCUGACGGCAUCUUCCUGUCUGGCUCGUUCCAGCCGCCAGUCGUCAACUCCAACAGUACAGGCCCCCCCCUUCCUGCCAAACCCAGCUCCGUCCCCCCAGGAGGCUUUAAAGGAUUUAACUCGUACACUGGAAACUCAGCAGGAGUUGUAGGAUCAGGAGAAGUCUACAAGGACCUGAAAGACAAAUGGACAAAGAGUCAGGAGCAGGAGAACUCGAUCCCCAGCGGCGCUCCAGAGAGUCUUACCUUCAAGGAGCGCCAGCGUCUCUUCUCUCAGGGGAAGGAGGUUUCCAACAAGGUCAAGGCUUCUCGCAAACUAAUGGAGCUGGAGAACGAGCUCAACACCAAGCAGUAGACCCGAGCCUUCCGCCUCCCAGAGCCACCUUAACGUCGGCGUCACCGUGGCGACGUUAAGGUGCUGCUGGGAAACAAAACAAAAAAACCCCGGGUGGAGAGAGCCAGUGCUCGACUCCCUCACACUGACCGUCUCCUCAUGUUUGUGUUGUUUUCUCCUUUUGUUGUUUUUUCUUUUAAAUCAUUGAAUAACUGGAGCAUUCACCUAUUUUGACGUAGCGGUAUCGUUGCAACAGGAGACGCUUAGAGCUUCAAAAUUUUUCCCCAUGUUCAAGUCUGUUAAAGUUAUAUAAUGAUAAAGCACUGUAAAAAAGUUUUAAUUAUAUCUAGUGAGAAUUUGAAAAUCACAUGACAAAGGGGAUAUAUUUUUGUUUGUAAAAUGGUUCUUGGGGCAAAGGAUGGAGAAAGUUUAUUCUUUUUUUUUCUUUUUAAAUAGCGUACAGAAAUAUGAGUAAUUUUAUAGUGUUAUUUUAUGCUUCUUUUUUUCUGCAUCCUGUUUUUUUCACUUUUAAUUCCUUCUUGCCAUCAGGAAAUGCCCGCAGUUAAGAUUCAGACCAAUCUUAUCUUUUUAUUAUUAUUUUUUUUAAAGAUUCAAUUCUGAGUGGAAACACUGUUAUUUCAUUCCAUAGCAGGAAAGUAUGGGAUUUAUUUUUCCUUUUUUCAUUAGCGAUGUUUUAGAUUCUCCCGAGGAGGAUCGUACAGUCCAGAGAAGGUCUCUGAAAGUGCACAGCAUUACUGUAAAUAUUCUGGUCCUCAACUGUCUCACUCUUUUACUACUGUAGAAACCUGCCAGGAAACGAUAAAAGGAAAAAAAAAAAAAACAAAACAGCUAAAAUAAUGUGAUUAACAGCAUUUUGAUGACAGAAAACCCAACAACCCCCACAGCUCUUCUCCUUCUGUGGAGUUACAUUUUUAAAUGUUUCCCUUCCCCAGCCUCAAUUUUAUUUCAUUUUAGAGGAAUAGUUAUUUUUUUUUUUUUUUUUGCAGAGUUGUGUGAGGUUAAUUUGACCGAUUUGUACCCUAAAUUCAAGCCAAACAAAAAAAAACAUUCACUCACAAUGUGAUUGUUUUUCACAUUGAUAAUAAAAAGAUAUUACUACUCGUGCUUGUUUGCGUUACAGAUAUUUAUUUCAAACCUUGUGAAAAAAAACAACAUACUUGCACAUAUUUUAAUAUUAAAUAUGUAUCUGCGGACUGUUUGGAAAAGUGGAUUUCAUUUGGGAUCUCUGUGAUAAUCAGCAUUUUCUGCUUUCACGUCAGAUAUAGCUGAAGGGAUCCGGAUGUUAUAGGAGAUUACCGAAUUGUGAUCAUACCCACGUUAACACCAUCUCCAGCUUCAAUAACUGAAAAAUGAGCACUCAUCAGUGAUGUUUGAGAUGAGUCUCUUAAUUGCAGUUUGAGUGACUCCAUCCUGUGUGUGGAUUGAUUUUCUUUUUCUCUCUGGGAGUUAAAACAGGUUCAGAGUUCUAAUAACUGAAAACCACUACAAGAUGCGUGUUUCCUCCUUCCCCCACUUCAGCUCCCUUUUAGGUUUCAAAAUGAACUGAAUCAUUUAAAUGGUUUCAUGUUUAGCCUUUUGUAAAUCAUUAAUAAAUACAGAUUUUUCAACAGAA